UCAUGCUUGCUGACGUGAGACGGAGGUAGCUGUAGAAACUGUAGCGGGUUUGACAGACAGGAAUAGGAGUGUUUCUACUGUAUUUAGUGGACUUGGAUCAGGAAUCAGUUUUUUGAGGGUUACAGCCAUGUCUGACAAGAGUGAACUGAAAGCAGAGUUGGAGCGCAAGAAACAGCGCUUGGCACAGAUUCGUGAAGAAAAAAAAAGGAAGGAAGAGGAAAGGAAGAAAAAAGAAGCUGAUGGAAAAAAGGAUGUUGCUCCAGUACAAGAAGAAACUGAUUUAGAAAAGAAACGAAGAGAAGCCGAAGCUCUGCUGCAGAGCAUGGGCAUUACCCCAGAGGCUCCUCUUGUGCAACCACUGAGAGUAGUAACAGCGGAUACCUGUCUGUUUCACUAUUUAGUCCCUCCUCCCACGUCACCAUCCUCCAAAUCGGUGAGCACUCCUAGUGAUGCUGGAAGCCAGGACUCUGGAGAAGGCACCAUAGGCGCUAGGACGCUGCACUGGGAUACUGAUCCAUCAGUUCUACAGCUUCAUUCUGAUUCUGAACUGCGGCGGGGUCUCGUUAAAUUGGGCAUGGCCAAAAUAACACAGGUUGACCUUCCACCUCGUGAAAUUGUCACAUACACCAAGGAGACUCAGACACCUAUUGUGACUCAGCAAAAAGAAGAAGAAGAUGAAGAGGAGGAAACUGUAACCGUAAAGGCAGUCACCUCAUCUGAAGAAGAGCAACCCGUUAAUAAGGAAGAUGAAAAAGAAGCACCACCCCAUGAGUUUACAGAAGAAGAAAAGCAACAGAUUUUGUACUCUGAAGACUUCCUUAGUUUCUUUGACCACACCACUCGAAUUGUGGAACGUGCUGUUUCUGAACAAGUUGACAUUUUCUUUGACUACAGUGGCCGGGAUCUAGAAGAGAAGGAAGGUGAAAUUCAGGCAGGUGCUAAACUUUCCCUGAAUAGGCAAUUUUUUGAGGAAAGGUGGUCAAAGCAUAGAGUUGUCACUUGUAUGGACUGGUCAAUUCAGUACCCAGAACUUCUUGUUGCUUCAUACAAUCAGAAUGAAGAUGCCCCCCAUGAGCCAGAUGGUGUGGCUCUAGUGUGGAAUAUGAAAUACAAGAAAACCACUCCAGAGUAUGUCUUUCAUUGCCAGUCAGCAGUAAUGUCUGCUGCAUUUGCCAAAUUUCACCCAAACCUUGUUGUUGGAGGCACAUAUUCUGGGCAGAUCGUCCUUUGGGAUAAUCGUAGCAACAAGAGAACUCCAGUACAGAGGACCCCAUUAUCAGCUGCUGCUCACACACAUCCAGUCUACUGUGUAAAUGUGGUCGGAACUCAGAAUGCCAACAACCUCAUUAGCAUUUCAACUGAUGGAAAAAUCUGCUCAUGGAGCCUGGACAUGCUUUCCCAGCCACAGGACAGUAUGGAAUUAGUUCACAAACAGUCAAAGGCUGUCGCUGCCACCUGCAUGUCCUUCCCUCUUGGCGAUGUCAACAACUUUGUAGUAGGCAGUGAGGAAGGAUCUGUAUACACAGCAUGCCGUCAUGGCAGCAAAGCUGGAAUCAGUGAGAUGUUUGAAGGGCAUCAGGGACCUAUCACAGGUAUUCACUGUCACACAGCAGUAGGAGGUGUUGACUUCUCCCAUCUUUUUGUGACCUCUUCAUUUGACUGGACUGUGAAGCUGUGGACAACAAAGAAUAACAAGCCUCUGUAUUCAUUUGAAGACAAUGCUGACUAUGUUUAUGAUGUCAUGUGGUCACCUACCCAUCCUGCCUUGUUUGCAUGUGUUGAUGGAGUAGGUAGGCUUGAUCUGUGGAAUCUUAACAAUGAUACAGAGGUACCAACUGCAAGCAUUGCAGUUGAUGGCAACCCUGCACUUAACCGUGUAAGAUGGACACAUUCUGGUAAAGAGAUUGCUGUAGGAGAUUCUGAAGGAAAGAUUCUUAUAUACGAUGUUGGAGAGCAAAUUUCAGUUCCUCGUAAUGAUGAGUGGACACGUUUUGCUCGAACUCUUGCAGAAAUCAAUGCUAAUCGAGCUGACGCAGAGGAGGAGGCUGCAGUACGUCUACCAGCCUAAGAGUGUGAAGGAAUAGUCAUAGAGUAGGGACCAGUAACAAGUCUUGCAUAGAACGUAGAAGAGAAAUUUAGUGCUGUGGCUUUGUGUUUGAAUUCCUUUGUUAAGGGCCUAAAGUAAGCUGAUAAAAGCAGUGUAGGAAAGAGGCAGAAAUCUGACCCCAGUACAUACACACGAGUUUUUAAGUUUUCAUUAGGGAAUUGUCUUCCCCUCUGUGUCUUUUAACACACCAUUAUGUUUGGAUUAUUUGUAUGGGCUAAAUAUUUAAAAAAUAUGUUUUUAUAAUAGGUUCCUGUUCAAUGUCAAAUGCAAUACUGAACUUUUAGAUAUUUGCAUAAUUGUUUUAAUUUAUUGGUAUACAUCACAUAAUAACCUUAACCACUGCUUCCUGAAAAAAGCUCCAGUUUACUCUUCAAUUAGUUUUAUCACUUUACUUUGUUAUGGAGCACUCACCUGUCAUGCAAAAUAAGUAUGCAGCUCUUGUCAUGGUGAUUAUGCCAGUGCACCAGUGUCAGGAGCAUUUUAUGUCUUGUAUUUAAAUAAUCCCAGGUUUGACAUAACUGUACUUUGGUGCUGAGGAAUUUUAUCCUUUCAAUAUGUACUCAAAAUGUAAGUAUUUUUAGUCUGUUAUGAAGUUCAGAACAGAGUAUAGAUUAGUACCUUUCAUACCUCUGUACAGUUUUACUAAGAACCAAGACAACAGCAAAAAAUACAGUACAAAUCACGAUUCAUUUUGGUAUAAGGUGUUGUAUUAUGUGCUGUAUAUAGUAUAUAUAAAUUUUUAACUUGCUUGUGUCAGGAGCUUUUAUUUUACUAAUUUUAACAGCCUGGACAAGUACCUUUUUAAUGGAUUAAGAAUAUUAACAAGCUUUUACUUCAGGUAAAAUGAUAAUCCCGUUUUGAGGGAACAAUGUUUAACACAUAUUUGUUCCACUUACAUGAUCCAAAAUGCAGUUUUGAAUUACUGGAAAAGAAAGAAAGAAAGAAAAAUAAACAUUUUAGUGUGGUAA